AUGCGUUCCUUCUCGUCCGUUGUGCUUCUGUCUGCGAUAGGAGCACAAGUUGCGAGUAGCUCGGCGCCGGCGUCGAGUUUCUCGACUGCCGUUUCCUCGACCAGACAGCCUUCAUCAACAGUGUCGGUGAUUUCGUCCACCCCCGUGGGCACUUCUCAGCCCACUGCCCGCAGCUCUUUUGCCAAGGCGGAUGGACUCAAGUUCAACAUUGACGGCAAGACCAAGUACUUCGCUGGCACGAACUCGUACUGGCUGCCAUUCCAAACCAACAAUGCGGAUGUUGACUCCGUCUUCAAAAAUCUACAACAGUCUGGUCUCAAGAUUCUCCGAGUUUGGGGUUUCAAUGAUGUUAACGCCGUCCCGGCGUCUGGCACUGUCUACUUCCAGCUCCACGACAAGGCAACUGGUACUACCACCAUCAACACUGGUGCUGAUGGACUGAAGCGUCUUGACUACGUUGUCUCCGCUGCUGAGAAAUACGGCAUCAAGCUUAUCAUUCCCUUUGUGAAUUCUUGGGAUGAUUAUGGUGGUAUGAAUGCCUACGUUACUGCCUAUGGAGGCAGUAAGACAGGAUGGUACACCGAUGCGAAGAUCCAGGGCGUGUACCAGGCGUACAUCAAGGCUGUUGUCUCUCGCUACAAGACUUCCUCUGCCAUCUUUGCGUGGGAGUUGGCUAAUGAGCCUCGCUGCUCGGGCUGCGAAACCGACAUCAUCUCCAACUGGGUGGCCAAGACUUCUGCCUACAUCAAGUCCCUCGAUUCUAACCAUAUGGUUACCACCGGUGAAGAGGGCAUGGGCCUAACUGUCGGAUCCGAUGGCUCUUACCCUUACACCAACACCGAAGGCAACGACUUCGCCAAGAACCUUGCGGCCCCUGAUAUUGACUUCGGAGUGUACCACCUCUACGUGGCCGACUGGGGCAUCAAAGAUAAUGCUUGGGGCAAUGAAUGGAUCGAGGCCCACGCCAAGAUCUGCGACGCUGCUGGGAAGCCUUGCAUGUUCGAGGAAUACGGUAUCAAGAAUGACCACUGCUCGGACUCGCUGAAGUGGCAAAAGACCGCCCUGACUACCACCGGCAACGCUGCUGAUCUCUUCUGGCAAUAUGGCGAGCAGCUGUCCUCCGGUGCCUCUCCAGAUGACAACUACACCAUCUACUAUGGCACUGACGACUGGAAGUGCGCUGUCACUGACCAUGUAAGUCAGAUUUAA